AUGCACCAGUCUUUCUACGCCUAUAAUCUCACACGGCCGUACCCCUACAGGUGGUUCACGCCGGUCCUCAUCAUCGGGGGUAUUAUUUUCACGACCCUUUUUUCAUUGCUCAACGUGGCCACCAAUGGCUACGAACUUACCGCCAAAUCGACCUCGGAUCCCAAUUCCACCCUAGUUGAGAGAGACUGGCUCAGCUCCGUACCGUCCUUCCUCAGAGGAGUGCGCUCACAGUGUGACAGCACCAUCAUACCACUACAGAGCCUACUAAAAACAAACAACUCGGCCUUGCCGUACACAGUCGACAGAGUGUGGAGAAGAACGGAAGGGGGCGGGAAAGAGACUCUGGGAUCCUUGGUGUAUCAUAACCAGCCGCUGCAAGAGUGCCGGGUCAUUUUUGUCGAGACCAACAUCGAGGUCCAAACUCGCUCGGCAUCACAGCUAGCCAGAAUACCUGUCGGAGGAGCGGUGGAAACUAGGGUAGAGUGCUUCUUCGAGAGUGAAGAUGGCCGAACCUUCCUCCAGCUCUCGUCCGUCUACGACCCUAUUCCAACCUCGAACAGCUCAGUGCAGUACUUCCUGUAUAGCAGCCCGACCAAGCAAGCCAACCUAUACUGGGGGUCGUGGUUGAUGCGUAUCUACUGGGCAGACGUUAUGCGAAACUUUGCCAAGAAGAACAGCGACGAGAAGAACAGAUGGAUCAGCGCCAACCUCCAAGUCAAGUAUUCGUCAACCAGGCCCGAGAUCACGGACGACGAUAUGAAGAACCCCGACUUUUCUACCAACGGCAAUAACAACAUCACGGCUCUGAGCAGCGGCAGCGCAGGGGCGCUGGAGAUGCCGGACUUUUGGUCCUCGUACAAUGUCCUAUCCAAGGCCAUGUACUACACCACGCUGGCCGACCUCGGCCGCGACGACAAGUCCGUCCCAAACCUGCUCAGCCGCCGCGCGCUGGUCGAGGAGCUGAGCCGGGACCUGAACAAGACCCGGCAGGGCCUGGCUCCCGCGUGGCAAUGGGGCAUCGGCCCCGAGUUCCCGAGCAGCAAGGCCUUCUCCGCCGCGGACUACUCCGACGCCGACAUGCAGGUGACGCCGUCGGUCCUGGCCUCGACCUAUCUCUGCAAGGUGCGCAGGCUCAAGGACCCGGCGAGGCUCGUCAUGGCCGUGCUCGUGUCCAACCUCGUGUUUCUGAGUGCCCUGUGGGCGGCUUACAUCUGGAUCGUCGAUGUGUUCCUGCUGGGCAGGGCUACCGUCCUGGAGCUGGAUCCUCGCCCGGCGCAGGGCAACGGGCGGGCGUCUCCCGCUUCCAUGUACGAGACGGAGAUGACGCCACUGAAACCCGAGUUUCAGAAAGGUGUCUCGGGUGGCAGUGCUUCGGUGGACGACUUUGGGAGGAUUACGAGGUAG